UCACAAGGAGGAGUCAGAUUUCAGUAAGAGCAGAACAGUAUGUUGCCAGUGUACAUGAUAAUCAGGCAAGGAUUGUGUUGAGGAUAAGACAGCGUAUAAUCAACCUGGCUGCAGAGCUGUAAUGACCACACUGAAUGUUGGAUGGAUUGGGAAAGAGAAUGUAGCAUGAAAGUUUCCAAUUCUACAUGUCAGCACAUGUUGGAGCUAAAGUGGGAAAACAGUGGGAUUGUGUCUGUUUGAUUAAUGGGGAACAGUAUGUAUUUUGUUUCAUCCUUAGACAGUGUGGUGUUCCAGGUCCUAGUGAAGAAGCAUUUAAUCCUUGCAGUGCGAUUUGAAUGGCUUUUAAUUUCGUUCAUUGAAUUGACCUUCAUCCAAAUCGGCAUGUCUACUUACUACUUUGGAAUUCUUUUCAGGCAGUACUUGUCAAAAUGCAGUCUUACCUGCCCUGGUGCGACCACCAUUUCCUCCUGUGCAGCCGACCUUGGAUUUAAAACCUUUUCUUCCGUUCCCAUUGGAUACUGCGGUCAACCUCUUCCCCAACUUUAAUGCGAGCUUGGUUGGAAUUUCUUCCAGGACAGAUCAGUUUCAACCCUUUGGCAGCUGGAAGGCUGGGAUUUCGGCAAGUCAAUUAUGUGUCAGUAUGGACCCUGUUCAGAAGGCAGUAAUAAAUCACACAUUUGGAGUCCCUCCAAAAAGAAAACACAUCAUUCCAUGCAACAUCUGCCAGUUAAGAUUUAAUUCAGAGAGCCAGGCAUCGGCCCACUACAAAGGCACUAAACAUGCCAAGAAGCUCAAAGCACGGGAAGCCCCGAAAAAAAAGCAGAAAGCUGCUGCUACCAAGGACAGCGCAAAGACCACCUUCACCAUCAUCACUACCAAUACCAUCAAUACCAACACUGACAGAACAGACAGCACAACGGGAAUACCAUUAUUACGAUUAUCAACAGCAACUGCAGCAGAACCAGCAGCAGCCCUGACAAACUGUAGUGUGCAGACAAGUACAGAGACAACCUUGGGGGCCAACCAGAAAGAGGUGGCAACAACUGGCAGCAAUUCCUGCCUUCCAAUGGAGACAGAGGACGAAAAAGCCAAAAGACUGCUCUAUUGCUCUCUAUGUAAGGUAGCUGUCAACUCUGCCUCACAGCUGGAAGCACACAAUAGCGGUACAAAGCACAUAACUAUGUUAGAAGCCAGAAGUGGCAGUGGAACUAUUAAAGCUUUCCCAAGGCCUGCCAUAAAAGGCAAAGUUGCUUCCACGACCAAGGCAAUUACUGGACUACAGAACAAAACAUUUCACUGUGAAGUCUGUAAUGUUCACGUCAACUCAGAAACACAGCUGAAACAGCACAUUAGCAGUAGACGGCAUAAAGACCGUGCUGCUGGAAAACCACCAAAACCCAAAUAUAGCCCUUAUAACAAAGCCCAAAGAGGAACAACUGCACAUGCGGUAAAACUCACAUUAAGAAAGGAACCUGGAAAGACACUGACCCCCAGAAUUUUACCAAAUCACAUUACAGCCGCAGCGAUGACAGCAGCAGCAUCAGCUGUCGGCUCCCCCUUCGCAUUGCGCUCAACCCCAGCAGGUGCUCUCUUCCAAGCUCAAGCCCUUUCUCCAGCGUUAUUACGACCUGCACCAGGACCCAUACGAACACCUCACACACCUGUGCUGUUUGCGCCAUACUGAUCGGAGUCUGGACCAGUAGACUGUUAUAGUAUAAAGUACUGCAAUAACUUAAAGAGAAAACAGGGAACUAUGCAGUGAUAUUUCCAUAGGAUCAAAAGCAUUAGGAGAGACUGGACUACUUAAAAUUCUCAUAAAGCAUUCCUAAUUAAAAUUGUAGAGAAACUCUCCCUAGUGCAUAGUUUUAGUAAGGUUAGAAUACAUUUGUGAAUGUGCUGUUUGCACAACCCCCACCCACCCCAUUACAAGUAGUCCAUGCUUUAGAAGCAGCCGUAUGUGUGUCACAGGACAUUAGCUCUGCAUUCUAUGUAUAUAAAACACUGUGACGAUUACCCUCAUUAUCCCUAAUGCUAAGUAAACUGCGUUUGACAACAACAAUGAGGAGAACAACAUCAACAAUGUUAAGCAUUAGUGUGGUGCUUGUCUGUGCCAUUAGUUUAUGUGUUAAAAGUGCAAACUUUGAAAUAAAAAAUACUUACUUUGUUGACCACCUGAAUGAUUGAUCACUGAGUUGUCCAUGUACAUGUACAAAAAAUGCAGAAACAUGUUGCACACACAUGGAUGAUUAUUUGUUUGGCAAAUGGCAUUUCUGGUAUAAUACAGAGAGCGAAUGAAUCCGAGUCAACAAUCUCCCUCCCGACCUGUGAGGGCGCAGUAUAACGGGAACAGUGUGCCCCGGACUGGAUGGUUUGGCAGUUUAUUCCAGGGUCGGAGUCACAAUACCAGAAGUCAUCGCCUUAAUGUGGUAUGCGAUGUGUCAGUCAUGGAUUGGAGGAUACGUGAUUGCACUCGCUACCGAAGGGGGCGUGACUGAGAGUAUAUCAGGGGAAGUGGCAAAGCAAUCUGUUCCUCUGUUAUGGUUACGAAACGACUGGGAGGAGUAAAAAGAAACCGUGAGUGUUUAGUGUUAUUUGUCAUUGUAGAUGGCUAAAUAUCGGGGAGCUGUUGCUGUUAAGCCAGCAUCAAACCCGGACUGCACUGCACCACUGUUCUCACCGUUUCAUAUAUUCACAACACCACCUGCACCCGGAGCACUCACUGUUGGACUGGUGAUCGUGUAGGUGUUUUAAAGUGUGUGUUAUUAUUUCGGGACUGAACCUUGUGGUUUUGACUGGCUUUACACAUCGCUGUGUAUAGCCAGUAUUAUUAUUUAAGCAAAUAAUAAAGCUUUG